AUGCUUUCAAGUCUCCUUCAUUCGUCCAAGCAACAAAACAAUGAUGACUCGAGUACCGACACAGAUUCGCCACUUGAUUCACCCAAUAGCACAAAAUCGAAAAAGGUCUCUGGAAUUAGACGAAAUGCCUCCAUCCAAGUGGGAUUGAGCGACUUUGAGUUGAGCGGAACAAACGUACCAAAUCCAGAGUCCAUUUCACUCACUCAUCUCUCGAAAUAUGCCAUCACUCUUGCUGGUAUUCAUGAGGUUGUUGAGGAAAAGAAGGACUUUGUUAAACUCAUCAAAAGAUUAGAUGAAACAGCUAGUAUUAUAACCCAGGCUCAUGAUAUUAUCUAUGAAGCCAUUAUGCAAAAUCGUCGUAUUACUAGUAGUGAUGAAUGGCUGGUAGACAAUUUUUGGAUGAUAAAGGAACAAAUUCACAUGGCUAAAAAGCACUUGCCUCUUGGUUAUGAGAAGGAAAUGCCAAAGCUUAACAAUACCAAGUGUGCUGGUUAUCCUCGUAUUUAUGGUAUUGUGUUUGAGUUGAUCAACUUGGUGAAUGGUCAAAUCACUGAAGAAAAUAUUUUCCAAUUCGUGAAAUCAUACCAAUCGGUGAAACCGUUGACAAUUGGUGAAUGUUGGGGUUUGGGAGUCAUGUUACGUUUGGGUUUACUUGAAAAUAUUAGACGUGUUGCAGACGGUAUUAUCAGUAGAAGACAGGAUUGCAACCUGGCAGACGCAUGGGCAGACAGAUUGUUGACAGCAGCUGAAAAGAGUAGCCGUGACGUUGUACAAAUUUUGUAUCAAUUGUCCCAAAGUGAGCCUAUCAUUACCAAUGCGUUCGUUUUACAAAUUAGUCAACGUUUGCAAGGAUCUGAUCCUGUUCUUUCAAUUGUAAAUACUUGGCUUGAACAACAAUUGAGUAUUAAGGGUAUCGAUAUUGACCAAAUUUUCAGAAUGCAAAAACAAGCCAACUCUGCUAAUCAAGUUACCAUGUCUUACUCUAUCAAUUCAUUGAGAUUGAUUAACAAUUUUAACUGGAAGGAAUUUGUUGAAAAAUUGAGUCACUUGGAAGUUAUUCUUCGUAAAGAUCCAUGCAACAUUUAUCCAAUGCAAAACUUCCAAACUCGUGACAGAUGCAGACACAGUGUUGAAAGAAUUGCCAAGAGAUUCAAGCUGGACGAAAAGCAAGUGGCAAACAAGGCCCUUGCCCUUGCUAGAGAGAAUCAUGAGGUACUUCAAACAUGUGUUUUAGGCUCUACACGAGGUAGAAGCAGAUCGAAUAGCGAUGCAACAGAACCAAGCUCUCCUGGUGGUUCCUCGAGUCCAACCUCAACCCCUCAUUCGCUCUCUCCUCGUUCUGCUAGUAAUGUUAUUAAGAAUAUGAAUCCAGAUCAAAUGUACGACAUGAAACUAAUUCGUAGGAAGGCAUGCAUUACCUAUUGGCUCUUGGAAGAUGAAGGACUCAUGGAACUUCACAGAGCAAUAGGCUUCAAACUUACUCCAUUACCAAUUUCUUGGGUUGAUUUACGAACUCCAAUCUUCCUCUUGUGUAUCUUGUUGUUGACUUGCUGGUUUGCCUUCUCUUAUAUUAGUUAUACUACUACUUCUUAUUCAACCCAAUUCAAUAGAUACUUACCAUUCAGUAGUUUGGCCUCUCAUUCUGGCUCCUCCUACGUUUACUUUGUGUACGAAAAGUAUCUUGCUCUCAUAUUGCUUUACAUUUCUGUGAUUUUGGUUGGAAGUCAAUUUGCUGUGAACUUGACAAAUAUGCUAUUUGUCAGAUUGAAAUAUCCUGCCUCAUUACCUUCUAUGGAUUUCAGCUUGACUGGAAUUCCAGAUGAACACAGAUCUAUGGUAGUUGUCCCAACCAUGAUUACAAGUGAAGAUGGAAUCAAAGAAUUAAUGUCUGACUUGCAAGGAAGAUAUCUGAUCAAUCGUGAUAAGAACAUUCUGUUUGCGCUCAUUACUGACUUUGCUGACUCCAAAAAUGAAACCACAGAGAAGGACGACGAACUAAUCAAGCUCGCUGUGGACGGUAUUAAUGAGUUGAACAGAUUAUAUCCAAGAAACAUUGAUGAACAAAAGGUUGCCAAAACUUCAUUCUUCCUUUUCCACAGAAAGCGAGUGUAUAAUCCUGUUGAAAAAGUGUGGAUGGGUUGGGAGCGUAAGAGAGGUAAAUUGGCAGAAUUCAACAAAUUUAUUUUACAUGGAGAAAAGGGUAAUUUUAGUCACAUUAUUGGAGAUAUCACCAAUUUGCACACUAUCAAGCAUGUGGUUACUUUGGACACUGAUACCAUGUUGCCUUCUGAUGCUGCUCGUAAUAUGAUUGAGACAGCUGCUCACGUUUUGAACGAACCUGUCAUUGAUCACCAAUUGAAACGCGUGACUCAUGGUUAUGGCUUGUUACAACCUCGUGUCAGUGUUGGGUUUGCAGGAUCAACCAAGUCUCUUUAUGCAUACAUGCACAGUUUAGAUUCUGGAUUGGAUCCAUACACAAGAGAAGUUAGCGAUGUUUAUCAGGACACCUUUGGUGAAGGUUCUUUCAUUGGAAAGGGUUUAUACAAUGUUGAAACAUUUGAAAAGGUGUUGGGCGACAAGUUCCGAGAAAACAGAAUUCUUAGUCACGAUUUAAUUGAGGGUUGUUUUGUUAGAUCUGCUUUAGUUUCCCAUGUUGAGGUUAUUGAAGAUUAUCCUUCUAGUUAUGGUACUGAGGCCUCCAGAAGACAUCGUUGGAUCAGAGGUGAUUGGCAAAUUGCUUCCUAUGCAUUCAGUCCUUGGAUUCAUACCCUCAACGGCUAUGAAAAGAAUACCCUCACUGCUCUACACAGAUGGAAGAUUUUUGACAACUUGAGACGAUCCCUCGUUCCUGCUGCCAUGACUUAUCUCAUCAUGUGUACUGCUUUGUUCACUUCAUACCACUCCAAGUUACCACUUGUGGCAGUAUUGUCUGUGCUCUCGUUAUAUUUAAUUCCAGCUGCUAUUAACACAACCAUUGAUCUUGUCAAAAAGUCAGAAGAUAUUACCUGGAGUUCACACUUUAAGAGAAUUCGUUUCAAUUUGGUCAGAACCUUCGUCGAUAUUUAUGUAGAACUUGUCUUUACUCCAUUUGAGGCCUACAACAAUAUUGAUGCCAUCAUUCGUUGCUUGUACAGACUGUACUUUAGUAGCGGAAAAGGUCUUUUGGAAUGGACCACUUUCCAAGCUGCAAGCAGUGUUUACAAGACAAAUCUAUUCCUUGCCAUGUCAAGAUUAUUAUGGUUCCCAGUGCUUUUAACCACAAGCAUUAUUUGCUACAUUAUUAUUCAACAUAACACUGCAGUGACCUAUUCUGAAUGGCAAUUAUCAGGUUAUGCCAAGAGACCUCUCAUUCUCACAAGUAAUAUCAUUACUAUUGUGUUAUUGUUCGGUAGUUGGAUCGGUUCUCCAUUUAUUGCCUAUUAUUUGAGCAAGCCAUUGAAGAAGAACCUCUUCGAAAGAGAAACUGUUAAUGACCUCACUGUUGAUGAUAAGAAAUUCUUGCAGGUUCUCUCUCGUAGAACAUGGAGAUUCUUUGAGACCUUUGUCAGGGAAGAAGACAAUUACCUUCCAUUGGAUAACUAUCAAGACUUCCCUAAACCAAUGCUUGCACGUAGAACCAGUCCAACAAAUAUUGGUCUUGCCCUUUUGGCUAAUUUGGGAGCUUAUGACUUUGGAUUCAUCACAAACAAUGAUUGUAUUGUACGAAUUCAUAACACUCUAUCUACACUUUGCAAGAUGGAUCGUUAUAAGGGACAUUUUUACAAUUGGUACGAUACUCAGGAUUUGAGACCAUUGUGGCCAAAAUAUAUCAGUGCUGUUGACUCUGGUAACUUGGUUGGUCACUUACUCGUUCUCAAAUCAGGUUUAUCCGAAUUGACGGAAUACUUUUCCGCACUGAAUACCGACACUUAUAUUAACGGUCUCAGAGGAAAUCUUUAUAGCAUGGAAUUUAUUUUACAAGAAGUUGAAAAGACAACCGACACAGAUGAUGAAGAACUCAUUUACUUUGACAUUAACGAAGUUAGACCAAUGAUCGACGAUUUACACACAAAACUUGGUACCAAACCAACCAAGCCAACUAAACUAAUCCGUUGGUAUACCGAAAUUAAGGCCAGUUCCAAAAAAUUGGAAGAUGUUUUACUCGAGUCUUUGAACAAGCUCAAGAAGGCAUUUAAGGAAGACCAACAAUCCGAUAUUGAGUGGUUAUCUGAAGAUAUUGAAGAGCGAUAUGAAAAACAACUUUUGUUUUAUGCUCAAUCAUUUGUCGCAUUGGUCACAUCUAUUCUAAAGGAGAUGAAUGAACUUUCGCCAUUCUUGAAGAAUUGGGAACUUCCUGAAGAGUUUUCCACUCAACAACAAAGUUCACUCUCUGGGCUCUUAGAAAAUGAAUCGAUCAUUCAAUUCGUUAAGGAGUUCAACAAGGUUGAUGUUGAUACACUGACCGUUCAAGAGAUUUCUGUAUUGAAGAAGCAAUUGAACAUUUCUUCCAUUAGAAAACUCCUUUCCAACAUCAAGGUCACUGGAUCAGGAAGUAGUAGCAGUACCACAGCUACUGGAAGCACCACCUCUGCUACAUCACCUACAUCAUCAACUCCAAAAGGUAUUGAAGCAAUCAAGAGAUGGACACAAGAACUUGAAGAAGCUUUGACAAUUGCAGAGGCUGAAGCCAACAGACGUAUCAAAUUGUUGAAGCGUUUGGUUAACAUUACUGAAAAUCUCAUUGAACAAGAUUUCAGCUUCUUAUACAAUCCAUCUCGUGACUUGUUAGUAAUUGGUUACAACGUUGAGGCUGACCGAAUUGAUCAAGCUCACUACGACAUGUUCUGUUCCGAGGCUCGUCUCAUCAGUUACGUUGGUAUUGCAUUGGGUUAUUUCCCAGUGAAGCAUUGGUUCUCAAUGAGUCGUCUAAUUACGACACAAGGAACUCAUCCUGCUCUAUUGUCUUGGUCUGGUUCUGUCUUUGAAUAUUUGCUCCCUCUCAACGUCAUGCCAAACAUUCCAGGUACUUUACUCGAUUCUACCUAUCAUGCAGUUGUUUUACGUCAAAUUGAAUAUGGUAAGCAAAAGAAUAUUCCUUGGGGUCAAAGUGAAAGUGCCUACAACUUGAUGGAUGCCAAUCUCGUUUAUCAGUAUGGUCCAUUUGGUGUUCCUGGUUUGGGUCUUAAGAGAGGUCUUUCCAAUGAUCUCGUUGUUGCUCCUUAUGCCACAGCCAUGUGUUUAAUGAUCCUUCCAAAGCAAGCAACAAAGAACUUGAGACGUUUGACCGAAAUGGGAUUGUUAGGAUGUUAUGGUUUGUUUGAAUCUGUGGACUUUACUCCACACAGAUUGAGAGGUAACAUUGAUGCACAACCUAUCAAGUCAUUCUUUGCUCACCAUUCUGGAAUGUCAUUCCUCAGCUUGGUUUAUUGUCUCAGAAAUCAACCAAUGCAAAGAAGAUUUAUGGCUGUUCCUGAAUUUGGUGCCAAUGUUUUGCUAUUGCAAGAAAAGAUUCCAACUGUUCCUCACAUUUCAAAUCCAAAUGAAAAAGAAACCGAACGUUGGAAGAAUGUUGGCUAUAACCUUCCAAGCGCCAAUAGACAAUUCCAUGGCUUGCACACCUAUCCUGAAGUACACAUGCUCAGUAAUCAUUCACUUCAUGUCAUGGUCACUGUCAAUGGAGGUGGCUACAUUAAGUAUAAAGACAUGAGUAUCACAAGAUGGCGUGAAGAUGCUACUCUUGAUGGAUUUGGUGUAUUGACUUACUUUAGAGAUUUGAAAGACAAGAAUGACAUUUGGUCAGCAACUUCGACACCUAUUAAGGCAUCCAAUGACAAUAAUUAUUCUGUCACAUUUAGUCAAGCUCGUGCCGAAUUUAAGAGAUUACACAGAGGUAUUACCACAGAGACCAUUGUAACUGUAUCACCUUUGGAUGAUGUUGAAGUGAGACGAGUUCGAAUGACUAACAAUACUUCUCAGGCAAAGGAAAUUGAAUUCACAAGUUAUGGUGAGAUUGUGUUGAACCAAGGACGUGCUGAUGCUGCACACAGAGCCUUCUCUAAUUUAUUUGUUGGAACUGAAAUUCUCCAUGAACAAAAUGCCAUUCUCUUCAAUAGAAAGCAACGAGAUCCAAAGGACAAGAAAGUCUUUGGAUUCCACAUUUUACAUGUUCAUGAACCAAAGAAUAUCAUUGGUGAGAGAAGCUUUGAAACCGAUAGAAGUAGCUUCUUAGGUAGAGGUUACACAAUGCAAAGACCAAAGGUAUUGUGUGACGAGCCUGGACCACUUUCCAAUACUGCUGGCUUCCCUCUCGAUCCAAUUUUCUCAAUUCGUCAAGGAAUGAGAAUCAAGCCAGGAAGAACCGUUCACAUCGACUACAUUACUGGUGUUGCAUUUUCAAGAGAAGAUGCUCUUGGUAUCAUCAAAAAGUACCAAAACAAGAAGACUACAAAUCACGUAGUUGAUUUUGCUUGGGUCGCAUCAGAGAAACUUUGCUUCCGAUUGGGAAUCACUGAAAUUGAAGCUCAAUUGUUCUCCAAGUUGGCAGGUUGCAUCCUUUAUUCAAAUCCACGAUACCGUGCUCCACCUGGUCUCAUCACAAAGAACCGUAACAAUCAAUCUGGAUUGUGGAAGUUUGGUAUUUCAGGAGAUAUUCCACUUAUUCUUGUUCGUGUUUGUGAUUUAGAACAAUCCUUCUUCAUGCAACAAGUACUUCAAGCUCAUGCAUAUUGUCGUUGUAAGGGAGUUGUAUUUGAUUUGGUUAUUUGGAAUGAUGAGACUACACACUAUCGUGACUUGUUGAAUCAAACACUCCAUCAUUUAAUGUCACACAUUCCAGGAUCUACUGAAUUGUUGCAUCAACCUGGAGGUAUCCAUCCUGUCAGAGGUGACAGCUUGACUUCAUUCGAAACUGUAUUGCUGUACUCUGUUGCUCGUGUAGUUUUAUCAGACAAUGGUGGAAGUCUCACUGACCAAAUUAAUAGAACCUCAAAGAAGGGACUAGUAGUUCCUGCAUUCCAACCUCUAACACAACCACGCCCAGUUAAGGAUGUACUUAAUACUGUUCCAAAACUCCAUGAAAGAGAUUUAAUUUUGAGAAGCGACGUCGGUGGUUUUGAUGCUAAGCGUAAAGAGUAUGUCAUGAUGCUUGGUAAGAACCAUGUUACUCCAAAACCAUGGUGCAACGUUUUAGCAAACGAUCGUUUUGGUUCUGUUAUUUCUGAAAGAGGUAGCGCUUAUUCAUUCUUCACAAAUGCUCACGAGUACCGAUUAACUCCAUUCAACAAUGACGCAGUUUUGGAUGGUUCUGGUGAGGCAUUCUAUAUCAGAGAUGAAUCUACAGGACAAUAUUGGUCUCCAAUGCCUCAACCUGUCACUCCUGAUAGAGAUGACUAUUACUACAUUUGUAGACAUGGUAUUGGUUACAGUAUUUGGGAACACUUCCAUGAUGGUAUUCAUACCGAGACAACAACAUUUGUGCCUCAAAACGAACCUGUUAAGGUAUUUUUAAUUCGUGUCACCAAUAAUAGUGGUUAUGAUAGAAAUUUAAGCGUGACAGGUUUUGUUGAAUGGGUUUUGGGAGAACUUAGAGAAUUGAAUGCUCCCCACAUUAUUACAGAUGUUGAAAGAACUGACAAUAGUACUGCAAUUAUUGCUAGAAACAGUUUCCAUAUUCACUUGUCGCACUUUGUUGGUUUCUUCUCUGUCAUUGGCCACAAAGAAGGAACACUUACUGGUGAUAGAAAUGAAUUUAUUGGUAGUAAUGGAACUCUUGACAAACCUCAAGCUAUGAGACAGCAAUAUCUUUCAGGAAACGUUGGUGCUGCUUUCGAUCCAUGUGCUGCUAUUCAAGUUCCAAUUACAGUUGAAGAUGGAAAAGUUGUCGAAGUUGCAUUCAUGAUUGGUGCCAACUACUCCAGAGAUGGAGCUAAGGAUGUAAUUUCCCGUAUCCGUAGUAACCUCAUUGUGAGACAAUUGUUGAACAGUGUGAAGGCUUUCUGGCAUUACACAUUGAAUACCAUUCAAGUUGAAACUCCAAAUCCAGAAUUGGAUGUUCUUGCCAACGGAUGGCUCCUGUAUCAAGUACUGUCUUCACGUAUUUGGGGUAGAUCUGGUUUCUAUCAAUCGAGUGGUGCUUUCGGUUUCAGAGAUCAAUUGCAAGAUACAAUGGCAGUUGCGUUUGUCAUGCCACAAAUUCUCAAGCAGCAAAUUAUGACCAAUUGUGAACAUCAAUUCGAGAAGGGUGACGUAUGCCAUUGGUGGCACGAUGUCACAAAUAGUGGUGUCAGAACCACAUUUAGUGAUGACUAUUUGUGGUUACCAUUUGCUGUUGCACACUAUAUUGAAAUUACUGAAGACUAUAAAUUACUCCAUGAAAGAGUUAGAUUUAGCAAGUUGAGAGAAAUUGAGCCUGGUGAAGAGUCCGUUUAUGACAGAUUAGAAUACACCGAAGAUACUGCUACUGUUUAUGAGCACUGUAAACGAGCAUUGAAAUAUGGAUUUAAAUAUGGUGUUCAUGGUCUUCCAUUGAUGGGUUGUGGUGACUGGAACGAUGGUAUGAACUUGGUUGGUAUUCAUGGCAAAGGUGAAAGCGUAUGGUUGGCCUUCUUCUUGUAUCAUGUUCUUGAAAAGUUCGAGCAAUAUAUUUUGCAAACUGAGAUUAAGGAUGAUGACUUUUUAGAAGAAUGUUUAAAGAAUAGAGAAUUUAUCAAAGAAAAUAUUGAAAAGAAUGCAUGGGACGGAGAAUGGUAUCGUAGAGCAUACUUUGAUAGUGGUGAGCCAUUGGGUUCAAAGGAGAACUCUGAAUGCCAAAUUGACAGCUUGCCACAAAGUUGGGCCAUCAUGAGUGGUUGUGUCGAUAAGAAGAGAGCCAAGAUGGCAUUGACCAAUGCAUAUCAACGAUUGGUUAGACACGAUUUGAAACUUAUUCAAUUGUUUGAUCCACCACUUCAAUAUCAAGAACCAUCUGCUGGUUACAUUCAAGGAUAUGCUCCUGGUGUCAGAGAAAAUGGUGGACAAUAUACACAUGCCUCUAUUUGGUUCGUAUGGGCCUAUUCUAUUUUGAAGGACUCCAAGAAGGUGUGGGAUUUGUUUGAUAUUUUGAAUCCAAUCAACCAUGCCAAGACAAAGGAAGAUGUUUGGAAGUACAAGGUUGAACCUUAUGUUGUCACAGCCGAUAUUUACACUCUAAUGGAUCACGAAGGCGAAGGUGGUUGGAGUUGGUUCACUGGUAGCGGUGGUUGGUUCUAUCGAUUGAUUUUGGAGAGAUUGAUAGGUAUCAAGAAACAAGGUAACUCGCUCAAAUUUGACCCAUGUCCAAGAGAAGACUGGAAGAAGUAUUCAAUUACCUAUCAACAUGGUAAAACAACUUACCAAAUUCAAGUCAUUCGAUCCGAUGAAAAUCAUUUGAGUGUAGACGGUGUCAAGAAGACUGAUCCAACAAGAAUUCCAUUGCAAGACGAUGGCAAGACACACAAGGUUGAGAUUUAUUACAAAUAUUAA